UCCCGCACACGCACACGCGCGGCCCUUCCUGCUUCUCAACUCUUGGAGCUGCCUGGGGGCACUGUUAGGCUUGGAAAUGCCCCUGCAGCAGGCAAAGAGAAGACUGGAGCUAGGGGAAAGUGGACAGUUUCUAGCAGAAGGAUUAAGGACUCCAAAGGGUAAAGGGAGAGCAGCAACUAGAAGUCCAGAUAGUCCAAAAACUCCCAAAUCUCCUUCAGAAAAGACACGAUAUGAUACAUCACUUGGUCUUCUCACAAAGAAGUUUAUUCAACUGCUGAGCCAAUCUCCAGAUGGUGUUGUAGAUUUGAACAAAGCGGCAGAGGUCCUUAAAGUACAAAAAAGGAGGAUUUAUGAUAUCACCAAUGUCUUGGAAGGUAUCCACCUCAUUAAGAAAAAAUCCAAAAACAACAUUCAGUGGAUGGGCUGCAGCCUAUCUGAUUUUGGGGGCAUGUUGGCACACUGUCAAGGCUUAUCUAAGGAGGUAGCAGAACUGAACCAAGAAGAGAAGAAAUUAGAUGAGUUGAUACAAAGCUGUUCCCAUGACCUCAAGCUACUAAAGGAAGAUUCUGAGAAUCGGAGAUUAGCAUAUGUUAGGUAUGAAGAUAUUCGAGAAAUUAGUAGCCUUAAAGACCAAACUGUCAUACUUGUGAAAGCUCCUCCAGAAACAAAACUAGAAGUGCCUGACCCAGUAGAGAAUAAGCUGAUUCACUUAUCUAGUACCCAAGGGCCUAUUGAUGUUUACUUGUGUCCAGAAGAAACAGACAACCCCAGUCCAAUGAAAAUGCAGGAUCAAGACCACAAUGGAAAUAUCUCAAAAAACGUUUCUAAAGAUAUGAAUUCUGAUAACUCAGGAGCUCUUGACUGUUCAGUAUCUGCAACAACCAUCUCCCCAUUGGCCUCUACAACCAACCUUUUGCAGCAGACAGAGGACCAAAUUGCUUCAAAUUUUGAAGGGCCAUUUGUAAGCUUGCUGCCACCUUUACUUCAUGAAGAUUAUUUGCUCGGCCUUGGUGAAGAGGAGGGUAUCAGUGACCUCUUUGAAGCUUAUGAUUUUGAAAAAUUACCUGCACUGAUGGAUGGUUUUUUAUGCAGCUGAUUAUUUCUUGUCUCUUUCCCCUACCCCCAGAUGUCUAAAAAUCAAACCAGAAUACCUGCUGUCAUUCCAUGUUACCUAUUCUCUUAACUCUUGUCGCAUUUCAAGGUUAGCAUUUAAAGUGCUUGAUACUUGUAAAGAAAUACUUCCUAGAAUAGUGCAAACAGAACUGCAGACUUCCUCAUCAGAGUAACCUUAAUCCCAUAUUCUGGUAACUACUGAUUUGGCAAAAUAUAAAGGAAUGCACAGAGAAGUGGAAUACCUAUCCUUUCUUUUAUUCUGAUUUCAUGUGUCUACAAGUUUCGUGAAGGGCUCAAGAACUGUUUAGUCGCAUACAGCAAUUCUUCCUUAAUAUUUCAAGCUGUGCCUUUUGUAGAGAGUGUAUGUGUCAAGUCUUUGAUUUGUAUCGACAGUAAUAGUAACUGCAAAAAUGUAUGUGUAUAAUACAGAAACAAAGAUGUGAAAUGGACUUCUUCCAAAGCUUUCUGGAGUCUGAAUUCUUCUCCAUGCUCCGUUUUUUGAGCAAAUGUACCUAACUUUUGAGGAGAUUAAUAUUCUCAAAUAUUUUUCAUAUAAAGUAUACUUUUAAUGUAUUGCAGUCCUACGUAAAAUGUAGAGACAAUAGCUCCAAUCCAACACAGUGUAUCUGGAGCAGCCAGGACUACAUGUUUGUCACCUUUCAAAGAAAGCUGAAACCUUGCAUAUCAGCUGUUUGAGAGAGAAAAGAGGGUGGGAUGGGUGGAUUGAGUCCAGCCUCCUGUUUCUCCUACUUGAUCAGUCAAUUGAUGGGAUUUCAGCUUCCCCCCACCAAAAAAACCCUACACAUGCACAGUAUCAGUUUAUUCAUGGAAAUGUCCAUCCAUGUUGGGAUACUUGUGUGGAAGUAUGCUUCCACGGCAUAUAACCUCUGGUUGGAUCAGGGUGACAAUUUCCUCCAUAAAAGCUGUACAUUAAAAAAAAUCCGUAUUCAAGGAAGUCACUUAUUAAAAUAUGAAACAAAGAUGCACAGUUCAAUUUUACUAUCUGCAGUGUGCAAUAGAACUGGUACGUAAAGUUUGCGGUACAAAGUGGGGCUUUGUGUUAAGUGCCUACUAGAAUUGCACUGUGGGCUUUUUCCUCUAAGGGAUACUAUUUAUGCCAAGCUUCACUUAAUCAGAACACUGUGUUUAUUUUAAUGGGUUAGUUGCGUCUGCUUCCAAUUUUUGGGAGUUGAUACAAAGCUGACAUUUCACCCAAAGUGUAAAUAAUAUACUUGCCAGUACUCUUUACUGAAUUUUAAUUUAUAACUCUUUGCUGAUAUAAUGUGUGUUCUGAAAUGAAUAGAGUUCAUACAUCUUACACACAGUUGUAUAAAAUGUUGCCACUUUAGGUUAAUUAGUUGAAUCUCCAAAGCAGUUUGUGUUAUCUUUUUCUAUCUGAUGCUUAAUAAAUUACUAAAAUGUUUGUUUUUAAUUAUAUAUGUGCAGGUUUUCUGGUACCACUGAGAUGCUGCUAUAGACACUCACAAAUUAAAUGGCUGAGUAAUAGUAUAUAAACUGUAUGAUUGAGCCUUGGAAUAUAAUUGUGUUAAAAGGGCAACACAUUAAGAACUGUUAAACAGUGUUAAGUGUGUUUUUAUAUAUGUACAAACAUGUGCAUAGUUCAUUGGUUAUUUAAGUUGUGUGUUCUUAAACUUUAGUCAUCUAACAGUUUUGUACAAUAGGAAUGUAUUUGUAAAACCUGCCAGAAUAUUUUAUAGCUGGUUUGUAAUUUCUUGAAAAAAAAUUAACGGGGGUCUGUAAAUAAAAACACAGUAUUUAAACUUUGUCUUGUGGAGGAAAGUAAAAAUUUGUGUGAGCAUGAAUGCUUUUAUGGUAUGAAGGGGAUUUCUGUGGGUAAAAAGAAAUGAAAGGGAAAAACGUUAUAUGCCAUUUUGUACAAAUUACAUACUUACCCAAUGUGUGGGCAAAAUACUAACCUUAAUAUACCUUUGAAUAGUAUGCUAGUUCUACAAAUCUGUAAAAUAAUGUAAAAACAAAAACAGACAGCUUUGCAUUUGUAAAGACAACCUGUCGUAGAGCUGCUACCUUGCCUCUUCAAAUAUAUGUAACUGACAGAUUUUUUAUGGUAAUCAAUAAAGCUUUAUAUCAGUAUAUAAA